CCGCCCCCUCCGGUGCCUCUCAAGAAUGAGCUCAUCCUGGACCGGCUGGCGGCGCUCUCCUCCAGGAACCGCUACGACGCCCUCCGGAAGGAGGCCGCGGACCUGGAGAGACAGAUCGCCCAGCUACAGGAGGCUCAGGACGCCCUACUCAGGAUUCAGCAAAGGAGUAUCGAGUCGUCAGUGUACAACAAGGCCAAUGAACUUCAGGAAGACAUCAGCAUGAAACGCUUCGACCUGCGGGUGGCUCAGGUCCACCUCUCCGCUGUCAGAGCUCAGGUAGCACGCACUGCCACCCCAAAACCCCCACAAGACUUUUGGUUAACUAGUCCUGAGAAAGUCGACGUCAUUUGGUCCAAGAUGGGAUUGCAUAAUCUGUACAAAUUGAAAGAGCUGUUUGCGUCCAAGGACGGGGGUGGGGCGGAGGGACGGGAGAGGAAGAUGUCUAAUUCGAGCGGUGGAAGCAUGAAGACCAAGUGGAUGAAGGCCUUCAAGUCUUUGAAGACCUCGGAGCCAGCCAGCAGCAAAAAGAACGCGCGAGAGAAGGAGAAGGACGCGGCGGCCAUGUUUGAAACAGCACAUAUCUUCCAAGAGUAUACGUACAAGAAGAUCACAGCGUGUGAUGUCUGUCACCAGAUCCUCAGAGGUCACUCUCGGCAGGGUCUGAAGUGCCGGAUGUGCAAGACCAACGUGCACGUUGAGUGCCAGGAGCAGGUCCCCAAGUGCCAGCCCAAGUCUCGUAUGCUCCGUCGGCAGCGUUCCACCUCGGAGAUCGAGUCGAAACAGAUGGAUGGCGAUGACGAGACGGACCCCAGUGUCAACUUCGGCUCUCUAAUCGCCAGCCAGCCUUCAAGGCGAGGCGCUGAGCCAUCAUCUCCCAGUACGACUACCGAGAUCCAAAUAGACAAGACAGACAAGACGGAGGAGGUGGACCUGAUAUACCAGGUGCUGAAACAAGCAGGUGACCUGGGCGGACGCCGCAGCGUACACGGGUCGGUGGAGCGCGACCUGGGACGCGAGACCGGGGGACGUGACCUGGGGCGCGGCGACCUGGGGGGUUCAGCAGCCUCGUCGGGGUCCGGCAGCGCAACCUCCCUCCACCGCCGCUACCCCCGCCCCACUAACACAGGCUCCACCCUCACCGUCAACCCCGCCCCCGUCGCCUCCUGCUCAGCUCCCAUCAGUCCACGUCGGCAGAAACUCAACUUACGAAUGAAAAGUUUCUCACUUGACUCACCGGAGUCGACUGAGCACGUACAUCGUCGGCAGCACGGAGGCACGCCCCACGUCAGCCACGCCUCCUCACACACCCAAUCGCCCUCCAGCCCAGUCCACAACAGGCGCCUCCUCACUGCCCGCAACAUGAGAAUGAGCUCAGUAGAUCUACCUGACGAAAACGAGAAGUCCCUCAGUUCAGCCAGCACCUCACCAUGUCCUUCACCCGUAAGUAAAAAACCUCACCGCCUCCUGCCUACAAACCUCUACGUGGUCCUCUACAACUUCACCUCCAGACAUCCCGACGAGCUGGACCUCAGAGCCGGCUACAAGGUGACAGUGACGGACACCUCCGACCCAGACUGGUGGCAAGGAAAGUGUCUGGGCAGGACCGGCUACUUCCCCUCCAAGUAUGUGACCCGACUCAACGGUGGUGAGAAACCACUCCAGGUCACUCACAACCUGCAGGUCACUGACGGCGAUAACGGCAUCAAACUCCUCAGAGACCAGAUCGUCAUUCAGAUCGGAGAGGAGGUUGAGGGUAUGGUGAUGAUCCGCAACGGUGACAAUCAGCAAGGUGUCUGUCCACUUAAGUACCUGCAGGAAGCUUGAAUCAUGUGCACACACACUGGCGGGCCACAUUACUUGUGCACAUAUUCCUCCUCCUCGUUAUGUCAGUGACUCUUCAGUGAGAUAUAUGCCAUACUGUGGACUCCUAUUAAA